AUGAAGUUCUACCUCCCUGCCUUGGCCCUCUUCGCCAGCGGCGCCCUCGCCAGUCCUGCUGCCGAGGCCGUUGCCGACCCCGACCCCUGGUGCACCCGCAUCGGUCAGCCUUGCUGGAAGAACAAGCGCAAUGCUGAACCCUUCGCCAUGCCCGAGCCCACGGCAGCUCCCAAUCCGGAGCCCGCCCCUGAGGCGAACCCUGAUCCAUGGUGCACCCGUAUCGGACAACCUUGCUGGAAGAACAAGAAGCGAGAGGCCGAGCCCAUGCCUGAGCCCGAACCAACCGCCGCCCCUGAGCCUGAGCCCGCCGCCGAAGCCGACCCAGACCCGUGGUGCACUCGCAUCGGACAGCCAUGCUGGAAGAACAAGAAGCGAAAUGCCGAAGCACUUGCUAUGCCUGAGCCAACCGCUGCCCCGGAGCCUGAGCCCAUCCCUGAGGCGAACCCCGACCCGUGGUGCACUCGUAUCGGCCAGCCUUGCUGGAAGAACAAGAAGAGAGCCGAGGAGCUCAGAGUAUAA